AUGAAAAUCAAAAGUUUAAUAAUUUUAAUAAUAACAAUAUUAUUUUUAAAAAAAAUAAAUUCAGCAUUUGUUUAUCCGAGACCUUCCGAAUUAACACCAAUUAAAUUAAAACCAAUUAUUUCAAUUGGUAAUUUUUGUCCUUACAAAAAUUAUGGUGUUCAAUUAACAAUAAAUAAAAUCAAUUAUAAUUUGGUUAUUGAUACAGUAAAUUCUGUAACAACAUUAUCAUCAAAAGAAUGUAGAUAUGGAUGUUUACGUUUACCUAGAUUAUAUAUUCCAAGUUCAAAAACGAAAGUUGAUAAAGAAAUUUCAAAAGGAUAUUAUAAAGAUUCAACAGUAUGGCAAGGUUAUGUUGUUGGUGAAAAAAUUAUUAUUAAUCAUAACUUAACAACAAAAUCUGAAAUUAAAAUGAUUGCAUUAACAUCACAAUCGAAACCACCUGCAAAUCCAAUUUGUGAAUCAUCAAGUAUGUUAGCACAUGGUAUAAUUGGUGUUGGUCAAUCAAAAGAAAUUAAUUCAUUUGUUAGACAAUUUUCAGGUAUGAAUAAUAUACCACCAAUAUUUUCAUUAACAAUGUGUCCAGAGAAUCCAAGAAUUUGGUUUGGUGGAUAUGAUCCAAGUGUUUUAGAAGAACCAAAAAAGUUUGCAUUUACAAGAUCAGAGGGUGACUCAUAUGGAUUUACAAUUAAUAAUGUUUAUAUUGGACCAAAUACAUUAUAUCAAGUUACAGAUUUUGUAUGGAAAUCUGAAUUGGAUACAAGUACACCAUUCAUUCAUUUACCAUCAUCAGUUUUUCAUCAAGCAAUUCAAGUUUUAUCAAGAGAGAGACAUUUUAAUAAAUAUUUUAAUACUCGUUUCUUUACUGAAAAGAAAUGUGUACUAAAUCCACUUGCAAACUUUACAAUUGAUCAAAUUAAUGGGUUAUUACCAAAAUUUAGAAUUGUUUUUAAAUCAAAUUUGCCAAACUCUGAAAUCUCUUUAGAUGCAGUACCAUCCUAUUUGGUAAUUGAAGGUGAUAAAGCAUGCCCUGGUAUAGUUGAGUCAUUGGAUUAUAAUUCAAGAUUUGGUGUUUCAUUAUUUCAACAAUAUAUGGUUUUAUUUGAUCAAGUCAAUGGUUUAGUUGCGAUGGGUAGAGCAAGUUGUAAACCAAAUCGUUGGGUACCUGGUAGUAAUUGGGGUGAAUGUAAAAGAGAUUUAAAUUCAACUGAUAUUAGAGAAGGUGGUAUAAAUUGUGAAAUGCAAACUCGUCCAUUAAAAUGUAUAAAUGGUAGAAAUAAACGUGUUGCUGAUUCUCUUUGUCAUGGUAUUUUUAAACCACUCUACAAAAGACCAUGUUAUAAAGAAGAAGAAUCAUCUGAACAUCAUAAUGACAAUUCUUCAUCAAGUCAUCAUCCAUCAAUAUUUGUUGAUAAUGACGAUGAUGAUCAAAAUGAAAAUUCACCUCCACCAGCAACUAAAAAUGGUAAGAAAAUAACACCAAAACCAGUUAGAACUAAAAAACCAACAACAGAUUGUAAAGUUGAUAUUGGUACUUGGAAAGUAAUGGGAAAUUGGUCUGAUUGUGAUCAAAUUUGUGGUUCAGGUUUACAAACUAGAGAGGUACUUUGUAUUUCGAUCAAUGGUGAGUUAUUAGAUCAAGAAAGAUGUAAUUCUCAUACUAAACCACCAAGUGAACGUGUUUGUGCAGUUGCAAAAUGUCAAGCUGAGUAUCAUUGGGAUACUUCAGAUUGGUCAGGUUGUUCGACUCAAUGUGGUGAAGGUACACAAAGUCGUUUUUCAACAUGUAUAGAUUCAUCAGUUUGGAGAAAUGUUGAUUCAUUAAAUUGUAAAGGUCCAAUGCCAAUUCUUGAAAGAGAAUGUCUUGGUCAACCAUUAUGUAGUAAAUUCAAAUGGGAUUGGGAACCUUGUCAACCAAGCUGUCCAGAAAUGGCUUAUGUCUAUUGUUAUAACUCUUCAUCAGCUACAAAAGUUGAUAAUUCAUUUUGUAAACAAAUUCCAAAUCUAUUCAUUCCAAUAGAUUGUAAAUGUUAUAAAACAAAAAAACAUUUACAAACAACUUCAACUUCUGAAUUCUCUGACAGUACUUCAAAUUCUUCAAAAUUAAUAUUACCUUUAAUUUCAUUAAAUAUUAUUUAUUCAAUUUUAAUUUUAUUUAUAACAAUAAAAUUAAUUUAA